AUGGACAACUUCAUUGAACAAUUCAAUAUUUUUGAAUCGCGUACAGAUGAGAACAAAUCAUCUCUGGAGGCGUCUCAAAAGAUCAAUUCAAUGAAAGAGGAAUUGAUUCGAAAACUAAAAGAAGAACUUGAACGUUAUAAAACAUCGGAAACUGAGCGUAAACAAAAACGUGAAGAGGCCGAAAGGAGGCGUACGGAAUUGAAGGGAAAGUUAUCCGCAAAUAUUACUCAGGCGAAAACAUUGUCUGGGCAAAUAGAUGAAUUGGAGUCGCAACGUGUUUCGCAAGCUAAGACCGACCAAGAAAUUCAUGCGAAGGUAUCUAACUUGCGUGAGCAAAUCUCAAAUGUUGAAGGAAAGGUAAAAGAACUCCGUAAUGAUAUGAAUGAUCUCCAACAGCAUGAACCUAUUGAUCCACGUGUUGUUUCAGGUGUCCACACUAUGAGAGAAUCUAUUACGAACGAGCUGGCAGCCAGAAGGGAUUCAUUUGACCUGACGUCACUCGUUGCUGAAGUACAAGCAAUCGAAAGUUUGCGGAAGGAAAGAACGGAAAUGUCAGAGGAUUUGGCCGGGAAGACAGAGUUGUUAUGUGCUUUGGAUGCCGACUACGAGGCACAACAAGGACAUGCAGAGGAACAACAAGAUAGAUUAUCUCGCCUUGAAGCGGAAAAAGAAGAGCUUGCCGAAGUGAUGGAAAAGAUCAAUAAUCGACUGGAAGAGUUGAGUUCUAGAAUAGCAGACAUUACGAUGGAAAUAGAAGGAAACUCUCGCGAAUUAAAAGACCUGGAAAUCCAACUCACUGAACAGAAUGAAGUCGAGCAGCAACUGGAGUAUAUUUCUCACAAGUUGGAAGAGAAAAAAGAGCAAUAUUUGCAAGAAGAAAUGCUGCUCAAGGAGCUGGAAGAGGGCAUGGAUAAGAAAAAGAAGGAAGCAGCACUAAAUCUGGAAACUAUGAUGAAAGAAUAUGAACAACGAAUCGAGGAUCUGAAUGCUCAACUAGAGUGUUGUCAAAAAGCAAAUGAGGAAAUAAGGACCGAAGUGGAAAAUAUGAAGGAAAGGGAAUGUUUCCUAAACAUAUAUAAGGAAAACUCCCGGAAGAUAGAAGAAAAACAUAGGAAGUUAGCCGCACUAAAGGAGGAGCUAGAAGAGUUGCGUAAGGAUAUUACGGAAAAGCAGGAGAAAUUGACAGAGAAUCCCAAACUCGUUCAACUUCGUCAGGACGUUGAAUCCAAAAAACGUGCUGCAGACAAGGAUCUCGAGAAUGCGAAGGUCCAGAUUUCGGAUUUGCAUGACAAAAUGUUGAAAGCGGAUGCCGAUAUUUUGGAUCUGCAAAAUAAGAACUAUGAGAUUGAAGGAGAGAUACAUCUGGUCAGACUCCAGUUAUCCACCAAGGCUGAAGAGCUGGUAGCAGCAAAGAAUGAAUACUUUCUCAUGAUGGAAAUGCAAGAAGUAGAGAAAAUAGCGAAGAAAGAAAAACUGGUGAAAGAACAGAAUAUGAAUAAAAAGCAAAGAGGGCGAAAGCGAAAGCAGGAGGAUGCAAAAAAGGAUGUCAAUAGCCGCGACCAGAUGAGGAAGUCGAGAGUUCUUACCGAUAGAAAAGCACGGUCUGCUACUCGUUCAGCAAUGGACUUGAGGGAGCAGCAGCUCAGGAAAGAAGAGUCGAUUUGCAAUAGCACGCGCAAGACACAAACCCCCACAAAAAGAAAGGAUCCUAUGGAGGAACUGGUGUCAUGCGAUACGAAGAAGCAAUUUUUGGAGGCACCUGAACGUGGAGAAAUGGGACAAACUUUUAGCGACGAGAACAAAAGUGGGAGUUUACAGCAUACAACAACUACUGCUUCAACAAUGGCAGAUGAUUUCAAGCGUCCCAUUGCAGUGGACCUGGAUGACACUGUCAUGAAGGAAGACGACGGUGGUGAUCUAUUUGAGUCUCCAAACAAUCAUGAGGGUGCACCGAAGCCAAAGGAGAAAGCUGAUGUCAAGCUUGUCGAGAAGAGUAGCUUACAUAAAUCGCCAGAAGCUGACGGUAGCGAAAUUCAUUUUGAGCCGAGCGAACUAUUCACCUCUACGCCACUGGUUAUAAAGAAACAAUGCUCAGUGCGCCCUACACGCGUGAAAUCUGGCGGCUGUAAUUCUCAAAGCGCCCAGCUUUCACAGCCACGCGCAAAUAUGCCUCCGUUUCGCAUGAGAUCGGGCGAAACCCUAAACGUACCAGCUCGAGGAAGACCACGCGGAAGAAAAAACAAGAAAAGAUAA